CUAAUUAAUAAAUUUACACUGUAUAUUACAGAAGAAUAUAACUAAAAUAUUAGUUUUAUAUCUAAAGAUAAUCUUCACAUGAAAGGAGCAGUUAAACAUAUACUUAUGAUAAAUAUUAUAUUUUAUCAAUAACUAUUUUUAAAUUAUAGAAACGUAUCACAUUUUUUAUAGUGAAAUUGAAAAAACAAAAAUAAAGUGAUGAAAAAUAAAGAACCUUAAAAGCAAGACAUCUAUUGUCAUUCCCAAUCUAUUUUCUUAGUCCCACCAGAGACUGCCUAAAGAGCCUUAAUUUUAUUGGACAAAAGGGACGGGGACUAAAAAGGGGGAUCCUAUCAACUUGUUCUAGGAAAAAUAAAAAAACUUGUGAGACCAAACUCAAUUGACUGUCGCAAUUUGAAAGGAAACGACUUGGAGACUUCUGAGAGAUGGAAUUUUCAGCAGUUUUGAAUUGUUCCUCAUCAUGGACGAAAGAACUUCAAAGUGCUUAAAUUACCUUCUGAUUGGCACACAAAAUAUACCCACCAAAUUUUCCAAAUCCAAGAGAUGAAGAUAGGUGACCAAAAACUUUUCAUGGCUUCCAUCUUGUUUUUUCUGUUUCUCUCAUCAUUAAUCAAAGCUGCGGCACAACAAAGACAGACUAAUAUAAGCUUAGGAUCUUCCCUAACACCCACCAAGAACUCUUCAUGGCUGUCACCUUCUGGUCUUUACGCUUUUGGAUUUUAUCAACAAGGCAAUGGCUAUGCUGUUGGUGUUUUUCUUGCUGGAGCUCCCCAAAAGACAGUCAUCUGGACCGCCAACCGCGAUGAUCCACCAGUUUCAAGAGAUGUUACGUUGCUCUUCACUAGUGAUUCCGGUUUCGUGUUGCAAUCUGCGAGAGGCCAAAACAGUUCCGUUUCUAUUUCUGCUGUCCAGUCUGCUGCUUCAGCUGCUUUGUUUGAUUCGGGGAACUUUGUGCUUUACAACUCCGAACGUGAUAUAAUAUGGCAGAGUUUUGAUAGCCCAACUGAUACGUUGUUGCCUACGCAACGCCUUCAAGCUGGUGACGAGCUUAUUUCCAGUGUUUCAGCAACUGAUCACUCAACUGGAAUUUUUCGUCUUAAGAUGCAAGAUGAUGGAAACCUUGUGCAGUAUCCGGUGAGAACUAUGGAUACUGCUGCAUUUGCUUAUUGGGCAUCCGGUACUAAUGGAGCAGGAAAUAAUGUGACACUAAAUCUUGAUCAUGAUGGUCGUCUCUAUCUGCUCAAUAACACUGGCUUCAACAUCAAAAAUAUCACAGGAGGAGGGUUUCCCAUGCAAGAAGCAAUUUACAUAAUCAGAAUUGAUUUUGAUGGAAUAUUCAGAUUAUACUCGUAUGAUCUGAAAGAGAACGGAAAUUGGUCAGUUUUAUGGUCUUCCUCAAACGACAAGUGUGAUCCCAAGGGACUAUGUGGUCUUAAUAGCUGUUGCGUUUUAAAUGAUCAAGAAGCUAAAUGCGUAUGUCUUCCGGGAUUUGCGUUUGUUUCUGAAGGGAAUUGGACUGCAGGCUGUGAGAGGAACUCUGUUCCUGAAAGUUGCAAAGGCGAUGAUGCAAGAAACACGAUUCGAGAACUUCCCAACACCAUAUGGGAAGUUAAUACAUACUCCCUUAUGUCAUUUUCUGUCAAAGAAGAUUGUGAAAAAGCCUGUUUGGAGGACUGUAAUUGCGAUGCUGCAUUUUUCAGCAGUGGGGAGUGCGCAAAGCAGCGGCUGCCUUUGAGAUAUGGAAGAAGAGACCUGAGUAAUCCAAACUCGGCUUUGAUCAAGGUUAGAGCAUCUACAUCCAUUCCAAACAUAAUUGAUCCUACUGAUAAGAAGAAAGAGCCUGGCAAAGGCAUACUAAUUGUCAGUGCUUCAAUUUUUGGUUUUGGGCUUCUUGCGUUGACAAUUGCUGGCAUUAUGAUCUAUAGAUAUCAUGUAAGGGCAUAUAAAAGGAUCUCUAGCAAUGAGCAUAUUGGAUUAAGUGAGGAAGUUGCUCCUUUAUCCUUUACCUAUGCUGAACUAGAGAGAGUGACUGAUGGCUUCAAGGAAGAAAUCGGCAGAGGUUCUUUUGGGACAGUUUAUAAAGGGCUGUUAUCAAGAAGUCAGAAAGUUGUAGCUGUGAAAAAAUUGGAAAGAGUUUUAGCUGAUGGAGAUAGAGAAUUUCAGACUGAAAUGAAGGCUAUUGGAAAAACCCAUCACAAGAAUCUAGUACGCCUACUAGGUUAUUGCAACGAAGGACCCAAUAGGCUCUUGGUAUACGAGUUCAUGAGCAAUGGGUCUCUUUCUGAUGUACUCUUCUCACCUGAAAACAGACCUUGUUUCGCAGAAAGAAUCGAAAUUGCUCGAAACAUAGCUAGAGGUAUUCUAUAUCUGCAUGAAGAAUGUGAAACACAGAUCAUCCACUGCGAUAUAAAACCAGAGAACAUAUUAAUGGAUGCAUACAUGUGUCCGAAAAUAUCAGACUUUGGAUUGGCAAAGCUACUGAAGCCAGACCAAACCAAAACCAUGACAGAUAUAAGAGGAACAAGGGGAUAUGUAGCGCCAGAAUGGCAUCGAAAGCUGCCUGUGACUGUUAAAGCAGAUGUUUAUAGUUUCGGGAUUGUAUUGCUGGAGAUAACAUGUUGUCGUAAGAAUGUGGAUCUUAGUGCUCCAGAGAGAGAAUGUAUUCUUGUAGAAUGGGUUUACGAUUGUUUUGCAAGUGGUGAAUUGGACAAACUUGUGGGUGACGAUGAAGAGGUUGAUAAGAGACAAAUGAACAGAAUGAUCAAAGUGGGGCUUUGGUGCACUCUGGACGAACCAUCCCUUCGCCCUUCCAUGAAAAAGGUUCUGUUGAUGUUGGAAGGAACAGUUGACAUUCCUAUACCUCCAAGUCCUACAUCUUUUCUCAGCUGCAUUUGAGUAUUUUUAUCCUCGGGUUUCUUCUUUUUUUUCUUUUUUACUUUUGAAUUUUGUUGGUUUUCACCGUACUUAAAGAAGUGAGGAUGCUUUUGGGUUGUAACACAAAUGUAAUUUAUGUUACUGUUGGAAGCCAAUUUUAUAGGACAUCAAUAAAAUUGUCCUAGGAAAACUUAUAGAAAUAUCCUAAAAUCAAUAAAAAAAAUAUCCUUUUGUUUGGUGAAAA